AUGGCCAGCUCUGCCUCCAUUUCAAGGCCCAGGUUCCGCUGCUUCGACCCGACUAACUCUUACCCUGCGACUCCAGAUCACCCCCGCUACUUCUCCUCCGCCGUUUCUCCCAGCUCCAGCUCCAGUUCCAGUUCCAGUUCUCCCAGAGAGAACGGCUUCGGGGACACGAUGGCAAUUUCCAACAACUCCGAGCCCAAAAUCGUCACCGGCGAGGGUGGCUACGUUCUCGAAGAUGUUCCUCACUUAGUUGAUUACAUUCCUGACCUCCCUACAUACCCCAAUCCAUUACAAAACAACCCUUCCUAUUCAGUUGUUAAGCAGUAUUUCGUUAAUGCGGAUGAUACCGUUGCCCAAAAGAUUGUUGUUCAUAAGGAUAGCCCAAGAGGGACACACUUUCGGCGCUCUGGACCACGUCAGAAGGUAUAUUUCGAAUCAGAUGAAGUGCAUGCAUGUAUUGUGACAUGUGGUGGUCUAUGUCCAGGCCUGAAUACAGUUAUUAGAGAACUAGUUUGUGGGUUAAACCACAUGUAUCAUGUCAAAAGAAUUCUUGGAAUAGAGGGUGGAUACAGAGGUUUUUAUGCCAGAAAUACAGUCCCCAUAACACCAAAGGUUGUGAAUGACAUCCACAAACGUGGUGGUACCAUCCUUGGGACAUCACGAGGGGGCCAUGAUACGUCUAAGAUUGUGGACAGCAUUCAGGACAGAGGAAUCAAUCAGGUUUAUGUAAUUGGAGGAGAUGGAACUCAGAGAGGAGCUGCUGUGAUUUUUGAGGAAAUCAGGAGGCGUGGCCUCAAAGUUGCAGUGGCAGGAAUUCCAAAAACCAUUGAUAAUGACAUUCCGGUUAUAGACAAGUCCUUUGGUUUUGACUCUGCUGUUGAGGAGGCUCAACGAGCCAUAAAUGCAGCUCAUGUUGAAGCCGAAAGCGUUGAGAAUGGUAUUGGCGUUGUCAAGUUAAUGGGCCGCUACAGUGGAUUCAUAGCAAUGUAUGCUACUCUUGCCAGCCGAGAUGUGGAUUGUUGCCUGAUUCCGGAAUCACCUUUUUAUCUGGAAGGACCUGGUGGACUUUAUGAAUACAUUGAAAAAAGACUCAAAGAGGAUGGCCACAUCGUUAUAGUAGUAGCUGAAGGUGCAGGAGAAGUUCUUCUUUCUGAAAGCCUGCUUAAAGAUGAGCAGGAUGCUUCGGGAAAUAAGCUUCUCCAAGAUGUUGGCCUGUGGUUAUCGCAGAAUAUUAAGGACUACUUCUCAAAACAGAGAAAGAUGAAUAUAACUCUCAAAUACAUAGAUCCCACUUACAUGAUCCGUGCUAUUCCAGGCAAUGCAUCUGAUAACGUAUAUUGCACCCUUCUUGCUCACAGUGCCAUUCAUGGUGCGAUGGCAGGAUACACAGGCUUCACUGUUGGGCCUGUUAAUGGAAGGCAUGCUUAUAUUCCAUUCUGUCGUGUGACCGAGAGGCAGAACAAGGUUGUGAUUACUGACAGAAUGUGGGCACGGUUAUUAUCAUCAACCAAUCAGCCAAGCUUCUUGGAUCCCAAAAUGGUCGCCAAAAAGGUCGCUGAAACGAAGAAAGAGGAUACAGAAGCUGAAGCCCAACUGAUAGAGGGGGAAAACCAUAUUGAAGCAACUGCAGCGUCUGACCCAAAGGAGUAG